AUCCCAAUCCCAAUCCCUAGAACGUUCGCGUACAUUCUACGUGCGCGUUCACAUUUGGGCGUGGGAAUCUUGUGAUCCGUGCGUCAGUUGUCACGGGGAGAUAGCACUAGUUGACGUACGCGCUUGUGUCUCCAUGCAAGCCGGCAAAUUGUUUAGAAACGAAAUAAUCUAAAAUUCUACUCACAGGAAAGAAAGAAGUAACAAGUUGUUACCGAACAGUAUCAAUAUCAAGCUGGACCAAGCGGAUGUCCGGUUCCAGCAGGAAAGUGGCUUUGUACGGUUGCAGAAGGUGGAGGGUUUAGUUAUAAAGAAAUUGGUGGAGGUGGUUGUGCGGAAGAAAGAAUAGCAGGUUUCUCGGUUGGAAGCUUGCUAGGGCUAGUUUGUUGCUUGUCAAUUAGUGUGCUGGCUUUUCUUUUUUUACCUCGUCAAACACAUGACAUAUUGCCAGUAGUUGCUGCAUAGUAAAACAUAGCUAGGCCGGGUCAGCCGGUUAGCUACCGAACUAAUGACAAGAUAGCUUGCUCAAUAGUUAUGUCGAGCAGUUUUACAAAUAAGACGUCUUUGCUAAGCAGCGCUCCACAGAGGCCUGAGAAUAGGGUUUCAUCUGUCGGCAACAACAACGGAGACUGGGACUUGGAAAACGAUGUAUUUGUAUGCUGCUAUGAAGAGCCUAUUGGCGAAACAAUGCAGGCAGGGAUGCACUCUGUUCAGCCAGGUCUGGCCAGGCACCUGCGAGGCCGACACCAGGGUCCUCCGGACGGUAUGAUACUGGGCCUAGAGGAGGCUUACCCCGGCUGUCACAACAACCGGAGUCCUCCCGCAGCCUACCUAGACACCAGUCCUCUGGACUUAAGUGAAAAUGACCGGAACGUCGCCCCGGUGUUAGAAAGCAGAAAGAGGACUCGGUCCAGUAGUUCAAGGAACCGGUAUAACGAGGUUGUCACAGAAUUGGGACCCGAAGAAGUGCGAUGGUUUUACAAAGAGGACAAAAAAACGUGGAAGCCUUUCAUUGGACACGACUCUUUGAAAAUUGAGGUAAUGUUCCGUAAAUUCUGCGAACUGAACCCUGGCACGACCAAGCGCCAAGGCUCUUUGGGCAUGGAUGAAGGGUAUGAGGAAGAGAAUGCAAGCGGGGUGGAAGCGACAACUGGGGGGUCGAACGAAAUCGAGCGAGCUGGACCAGUGCCGGAGCAGAGAACUAGGGUUCAUAGGGACAGGGGUUCGAUGGAGAGAACAGACUCCACAUACGAAAGAGACCUUGAUUCAAUAAACAUCAACGUAGAGGCUGUAUGUGUCAGGGGUGGGCUGUAUGAGGUGGAUGUCAAAGACAGAGAAUGCUAUCCUGUGUAUUGGAAUCAGCAGGAGAGCAUCCCUGUCAUGAGGGGCCAGUGGUUCAUCGACGGCACCUGGAUCCCAUUGGAGGAGGACGAGAGUGACCUCAUCGAGGUGGAACACCUGACCCGUUUCCUUGGGCAACAGAUGCAGGACAGCUUCGACUCUGACUCUGUGGUGGCCAAGACAGUCGACAGAAAAGAUGCUGUCCACAGUUUGAAAUUGAGUCGUACCCACGUGGACUGGCACAGUGUGGACGAGGUCUACCUCUACAGCGAUGCCACCACAUCCAAGAUCGCCCGUACCGUCACCCAGAAACUGGGCUUCUCCAAAGCCUCCAGCAGUGGUACACGGCUCCACCGGGGCUAUGUGGAGGAGGCCUCCUUGGAGGACAAGCCCCCCCAGACCACACACAUCGUGUUUGUGGUCCACGGCAUUGGACAGAAGAUGGACACAGGACGCAUCAUCAAGAACACUGGCAUGCUAAGGGAGGCAGUAAGGAAGAUGGAGGAGAAGCACUUUUCAGAGCACACAGAGGAGCACGUGGAGUUCCUGCCUGUAGAGUGGCGCUCCAAACUGGCACUGGAUGGGGAUACAGUGGACUCCAUCACCCCAGACAAGGUGCGAGGACUGAGAGACCUGCUCAACAGCAGUGCCAUGGACAUCAUGUACUACACCAGCCCCUUGUACAGGGAUGAGAUCACCAAGGGCCUGACGUCGGAGCUGAACCGCCUCUACACCCUGUUCUGCUCGAGGAACCCUGAGUUUGAGGAGAAGGGGGGCAAGGUGUCCAUCGUGUCUCACUCCCUGGGCUGCGUGAUCACCUUUGACAUCAUGACAGGCUGGGACCCGGUGAGGUUCUGUCUGCAGGAGCACCAGGAGCUGGAGGAGGAGCUAGACCUGAGAUGGGUCUCUUACGAGGAGAGACUCCUGCUGGAGCAGCUGCAGCUCACCAGGAACAGGUUACGAGAGCUGGAGGAUCAACUUCAAGGCCUGGAAGCCUCCAAACCGCUAGCACCCCCUGCUCUUAAAUUUAAGGUGGAGAACUUCUUCUGUAUGGGCUCUCCCCUGGCAGUGUUCCUGGCCCUGAGAGGGAUUAGACCAGGGAACAGUGGAGAACAGGACCACAUUCUGCCUCGCUCCAUCUGCCAGAGGCUCUUCAACGUCUUCCACCCCACGGAUCCCGUGGCCUACAGACUGGAGCCCCUCAUCCUUAAACAUUACAGCAACAUUGCACCUGCACAGAUACACUGGUGUAGUGCUAUAGACCCCACGCCGUACGAUGAGAUCCGUCCCACGUUCAUCAACCCGCAGAAGGACCCGACGUCGGACACAGAUAGCAUCCCCAGCCCCUCCACCUCCCCUGUCCUGGCCAGGAAAUACUAUGGAGAGUCCAUCGCCAGCAUGGGCAAGGCCAGCAUACUAGGAGCGGCCAGUAUCGGUAACAGUAUAGGGAAGGGAAUAGGAGGGAUCCUGUUCUCUCGGUUCUCCCGCUCUGCGCCCUCCGGGGUGUCCUGUGCCAUCGAGGCCGGGACCCCAGAGGGGGAGGAGCCGAAGAGGACCAUCGACAGCCAAUCAGCUUACGGCCUGUCGUCCACCUUGUCCCAGUCCCCCUCCACCCUCAUAGACCAUUCAGUGGAAAUGGAGCGCCGCAUCGACUUUGAACUCCGUGAGGGCCUUGUGGAGAGCCGCUAUUGGUCUGCGGUGACCUCUCAUACAGCCUAUUGGGUCUCACAUGAUAUUGCGCUAUUCCUACUGACGUUCAUAUAUAAGCAAGCCAAAGUGCCAGACGCCACAGACAGUCCUGACCCAGAGAUGGAUACACACUCACCCAAGGGUGACACAUUGGAUUAUGGCCCCCUAAGGGGGUGCAGCCUGCCUGUCACUGUGAUGACCAGUCCCAUUGCAUGCUCUGUGAAGCAUGGGGGCAGAGUAGGAUCCUCUAUGUAUCCUCCCAGCCAGUCCAGCCGCCAACGAGUAUGUCAGAGAUUCCAUUGCACACUACCGAAGGGUUCUCCUCUUCCUCUUAAGAUCAGUCUCUGUCUGAAACUGCUGCCCUCCCGGAUGUACCAAUCUCCUACUCCCCCUAUGUGUAGCAGCCAUGGUUCAGCCCAACCCAAAGCUCGCCUCUCCUCCACAGACUCUCCAUGGAGCUGUGGGACGCACAAGCCAGCCUGGACCCCUCAGUAACCUCCCUCACCCACACUGGUCUGUAUCUUCUUACCCUGAGUUAAGUUUCCAUCGAUAAGGACUUGGGCUGGAUACUGGUACACUCAAAUAAUGGAAAGACUUAUGAAGGAAAUAAAAUGUGUGUAGCUUCGUCUCAAAACGUA